UCAACAGGACGCGCUGGUUGUUUUGUAAAGUCCUUAGUGUUUCGCCGAUAUUCAAUUAGCCGGUUAAGUGUUUGAGUGCAUUUAAUUCUUAUAACGUAGCAGUGUGGUGGCAAAUAAAUUUUAAUCCAAAAUCAAACAAUGGAAGAAUCGAAUUUACCACAUCAACGACCCAUUUCGCGUCGGGGACUUCGCUCAGAACUGCAAAGUAGCGGGGGCAGCCAGGCGUCGUCCGCACCCCGUCCAGGAACAGGAGCCGUUCGGGGCUUCAAUGUCGCCAGGCCACCCACUGCAACACCUGUUGGGACAGCAACCCGCCUCACCACCGCCACCCCAUCUCUAAGUAGCCAAAGGAUUGGGACAGCACUGGGCUAUGCCGGUUCCAUGAUGGCCGAGCGCCCCAUAACACAGCACGGCCUUAGUGGGCUGCCAACAAGCCAAUCUCGCCUUGGUACUGCAGGAGGAAUGCGAAUGGUCAAGGACAAACGUUAUUGGCAAGCAGUUUUGCAACAGAAAAUCAAUGAAAUCACCCAGGAAACUACAAAACUAAUCAAUGAAAAGCAGGCUAUGGAUCGAGAACGCUCAGCGAAACGUAUCUAUGAUCAAAAAGUUAAAGAAGCUGCAAAGGAGCUAACCGAUCUUCAGGCUCAACUCACAGAUAUGAAUAUCACAUUGGACAGUUUUAGUUCGGGCCUUACUCGCCAACACCUGCAAAAAGAGGCAGCUGCCCUCCGGGAAAAGAACGAGGCUACGCAAAACCAGCUAGAAAGCCUUUUCCGCGAGCGUCAAAUGAAGGAUGAACGCAACAAACAACUUGAACAAGAGAUAGAGGUUGAGAAAAAUAAGAUCAACGACAUGAUCCUUUCACUUCCUCUAGAAGAUCAAGCUAAGUAUCGAGAACAUCAAUCUUUGGCUGAACAUCUUAAAGCAGAAAGCGCAGAAAUACAUAACAAACUUGAUUCCCUGAAUGGACAAAAAGAAAGACUGAAUGCUAUCGUAAUGUCGUCGCAGGUAAGGCUAGAAGCAGCUAGACUGAAGCUGAAACUCAAGGAAUUGACUGAAAAGCAUAAUAGCCUCGUUGAGGAAGAAGAGAACAAACUUACACCCGAACAGGAGCGGGACAAGUUGAUAAAGGAAGUUCGAAUGAAUAAUCAGGCAUUGAUCAGUAUUGGUCGUCAGAUGAAGAUUGUCGAGGAUCAACUUGCAGAAAAGAGGGAGCUUUUGCAACUUGUUGAGCAGGAUCUUGAGGAGGGUAACUCAGAACGGCAUGCCAAGUAUAAAGAGCUAAAACGACGCGAUGAAACUAUGACGGCAUUUCUGGAAACAUUUCCUCAACAAGUUGAUAUGGAGCGCAAAAAUUUGGAGCAUCUUAAGAACCAAAUUGCUUAUGCUAUUGAACAAAUAACUCUGCAGGGCAUCAACAUGAGAUCAUUCAGUAUGAAAGGGGCUGAUGCAAUCAACGAGAGGAAUGAUUUAAGCAGCCAAGAUGGACUCUUGAAGGAGUAUAAGAGGCUAAGCAUUCAGCUUAAGCAAUUGCAGAUAUUGGAAAAACGUACAGCUACUCAGCUCAAACAACUUAGUGAAGAGGAGGCGGAGCUCAUGAGUGAAAUACCGAAAUACAGUAAUUUGAAUGCUCUGCGAACAGAGGCAGCCGAAAAUAUGAGUGAGUUAACAGGAAAGUUGGAAGAGCUGAAAAAGAAGAAACGCGUAACCGAAGAUGUCGUCGCAGAAGCAAAGCGAAGGAAUCAGGAAAUUAAGGACCAUCUCAGAAGCAACGACACAUAUCGUCAUAUAUCACAUUUAGAAGAACGUCUCACUGACUUAAUGCGUGAGAAUCAAACCUUACAAGAAGUGGUCGAGGAGGAUCGUAAGAAAAAUGAUUUUUCUAAGAUUCGGAAAAAUGUCGAAGAUCUCACAAAUUCUUUGAAUCAAAUGCUUAUUGAGGAUGUAGAGAAAAACAAGAAGCUUUAGUUAAUGAUUUGAUUAUUUUUGAUAAUGUCUUUAUUAAAGCGAUUUGUAUCCCAAAACAAGUUUCAAAUUAAAAGAUUAAAAAGAUAGAAAAA